CCUAUAUAUGUAUGGAUGUAUGGGCAGGAUUCCAUAGCGCACUUUUCACGCGUAGGGAGGGAUGGAUUGCGGGAGGGUAGGCGAGACAGAGACAACAAUGCGUUGUUGCCCCUGCAGCUGCAGCGCAGCGUGGAAGGAGGAGCAGGAGGAAUUCCGCAAUGUGCGCAGGGCAUGCCUGCCAUAUGGUUCUCCAGGGUGGUGCUGGUGGUGGCAAGAACUUUAGUUUCCUGCUCAGUCGCGAACUGCAUAGCGGACAGGACACACCACACACAGGACACUAGUCAGGAACAUAAAUCUGCUUCAAGCCGAAACAACAAAAUGAUCCCACAGAGUGAGAGUCCAGCCCUGUUCGAGGACAAUUUCGUUGCGGAGUCCCAUACUGUCCCUGAGAAUUGUGAGCAUAGUCACUGUGGCCAGAGCCAGACUGCCCUAGAGGUAUACGAGAGAAUUCUAAGGCGUCUACAGUCACAGCAGGAUGCCUAUGCCUCAAGGGUCGACGAAGCCGCUUUGAUAAAGCAAAUUUGGAUUGCCAGCUUUACAGGAAGCCGACUGCAAUAUCGAAUGUAGGAGAUCAAAGAUCGAUUGUUAAAGAUUUAGGAAAUAAUAUAGCCAUAUUUGUGAAAAUCCAA